AUGAACCUGACAGAGUUUAACCAGUCUGAACACUGUGAGAAUUUCUCUUGUCCUGAGAGAUCUGUAUCUCCUGCAGUUUAUAUCUUACUGUAUGUGUGUUCAGCUGCUGUGGUUCUUUUAACAGUGUGUGGAAAUAUACUCGUCAUCAUCUCUGUUUUUCACUUCAAGCAGCUUCACACACCGACUAACAUGCUUGUGCUCUCUCUGGCUGUGUCAGAUUUCCUUGCUGGUAUUUUUGUAAUGCCUCUGAUGCUAAUCUGGACUAUUGAGUCAUGCUGGAUUUUUGGGAAAGAUUUUUGCACCAUCUACUGGCUGAUUAGUAGUCUUCUCACAAUAUCAGUCUAUACUAUUGCUCAGAUUGCUGUGGAUCGGUAUUUGGCUCUCUCAUACCCCUUUUUCUAUAUGAAUGUUGUCUCUGUGAAAAUCACUCGCGUUGUUGUUGGUUUUAACUGGUGUGUAGUGGUGACAUAUAUGUUAGCACUCCUAUAUUUCAAUGGAAACUUCAAAAGUUCAAUAAUGUGUCCUGGAGAGUGUUUUUUCUCUCUGAAUGAGGUUUGGACAGUAAUUGACCUUGUAUUUUCCUUUAUAUUUCCACUUUUUGUUAUAAUUAUAUUAUAUACUCGAGUUUUUGUGAUUGCUAAAAAGCAUGCCACUGCUAUCAGAGAGCUUAAUAAUCACACACAGCCUAAAACACAGAAAAACCCAUCACAACUAAAAGCAGCUAAGGUUCUUGGCAUAGUAGUGUCUGUGUUUUUGGUGUGUUUACUUCCAUAUUGUAUUUACAGUUUAUUAGGCGGUGUUAUUGAAUUAAAGUUAGAAACAGUUCAGAAAUUUUUAAUUGCACUUUAUCUUAACUCCACCAUUAAUCCAUUUAUUUAUGCUCUGUUUUACCCAUGGUUUAGGAGGAGCAUUAAAUUAAUUAUAACACUGCAAAUUUUUCAAAGAGACUCUGCAUUAAUCAAUGUUCAUUCAUGA